GGACCUGUUACUCGCUGCCUGACAUCCUCCGAGAGAGGCAAGUUUGAGUUCAGUUCCCGCGCGGACGUGGUGGUGAAAAGACCUACUGGCAGCCUUGUGUCCGUGCCGGCAGUGCUUAGCCACACUCUCCAGUCAUGAUCAACUUGUUACACGCGGGAGCGGUACCGUUUGGCUACACGAGUGACAAAAUUGAGAGCGAGUUCCCUGGCAUCGAGGACUGCGUAUCAACCGGGAUGAGCUGCUACCACCUCCCCGACGUGCGAGGCACCUUCCCGCUGCCCGACGUCAUUCUGAGCAACACGCCGCCGCCAUCCCCGCUCCGCCGUGCCCGUUCCUGCCACGCCUUCUUUCCUGAGAAGACUCAGAUUCAGCCCCCGUCUCCCCUGACACCGCCAGCCACACCCGGAGCCGCCUUUGACGGAGACGCUGGGGUGGAGGCUGCCCAGGCAAGCCUGAGCCACAUUCAGGAGGUGCGGCGUCGACUGCUGGGCAGCUUCUCUGUCAGCCCACGCAACCUACCCCAGCUCUCCUGGCCCCUGCCACGCCCCCCUAACCCGCCGUCUGCUCGCGGGGCGACCAAGGAGGAGGUCAGCGCUGCCCCGGAGAUGAGGAGGAACCUGAGGCAGGAGCUGGACGGAGAGGUCCUUGGUGAGGAGCAGCAGCGGUGGCGGCUCGUCGGGGGAGAGCUGAGGAUGGUUGCGGACCAGUUUCAGCUCAACAGAUCAAAGGCGUCCGGCAAGGCCAGCAGCGAGGUGGCCGCCCACUCUGCGGCGCCGGCUAUCCUGGGCAGGUGCCUCGCGGCAUCCCUCAUCUGCCUGGUGUGGUGGCGACUCUACAACAAGCUGCGCUGAUCCGCCGGGGCUCAGCGGCGCUCGCCUCUUCAUCGCGCCACCUUGGGCUUGGUAAAGGUCUGCAAGGACCACGAAGGAGGUCCCAUCUUCAUUGCCUGCUUCAGUGACCUUCGCGUCAAAAUUUGUCAAGGGUGCGCGUGGGGGCGGCGGCCGAGACGCUGGUGAGGCGUCGCCCCUCGAGCGCCGCCGCCCCGCCACUUGGUUCCUGCCACUAAAUGACUGCCGCUUUGGCGCCCCUCGGGGCGCAGCAACAAGGACUGUGUAUAUGUAUGAAGCUUGUGAACGAUGCCUUCAAAAAGGACUGUUCCUUUGGAUUAUUGUCAAAUUUCGUUCAAGGUUGUCAAAGGAGUUUGUUUCAAGUCUGAAGUAGACUCUGGGACAGUUUAGCAAAAUGUUGCUAUUUUUUUGGAGCCACGUUGCACGGACUCUAGACAAUUGUUUUCUAUGACUCGUAUAGACGUGGAUAUUUGUACAGAUGCUUCGCUCUUCUUUUUGUUUCCUUUUAGAGUAGUUAACGUAGCUGUUAAGGUUCAUAUUUUGAUAAGAUCGUGUGUAAGACGUCCAAAUCUCCCAACUAACUGUUCCAUCCCGUCAAAGUCACACCACACCUCUGCCCACUGUCUUUCAUUACGGAGGAAGUCUCUCAUAAGCAUCGAGGGGGAGAGGAGGUUCACGCGAGUUGCCCGACCUUCUCUGUCUGUCUCUCGAGGCACCUCACCGCGGGCCCUCGAAGUCAGAGGACGCUGCGUGGGUGCUCUCGCUCCUCCUCGACCUUGAGAGAGUUUGAAAAAUAAUUCACUCGAGGGAUUUUCAUGCCAAGCUAAAGUGUGAAGGUUUGGGAGCGAGUCUUGUUAGGCGCCACGAGUCUGUGGCGAAGGCUGAGGCCAGAGCGAGGAGGGUCACGCUCGGACCUGAGGGUGUUGUGAGUCGGGUGUUCUGUAUAUUCUGACUUGGGUGGUGAGUAAGCUUAGGCCAGGAAUUCAUCCUCGGCCAGAUUCGGUGUGUCGCUGAGCCGGGCCAGAUCACCACUGCCGCUGCCUCUUGAUCUCACUAGCCAUUAGAAGCGUUUUUUUUCCGCUCAGUGCUGGACUACCAGUCUUUCAGGGAGGAGUCCGCUCCGCCCCCUUACCUGUAAGUGUUUCGUGGGGGUUCUUUGGCGCCUCACACUUAAUGUAAAUGUCUUUCAAGAUAGGCAUUAAGGUCAGUCAGGGGGCACUGUCUCGCCCGCCUGUAGCCUAAGCUCUUUCAGGGGGACGCCGUCAGUCUCGGGUGAGAGAGGCGACGUCCUCCCGUUAGCCAUAAGAUUUGAGGAAGACAAAAUUUCGCUUUGGGACGCCUUGGGAGUAUUAUCCUUUGCAAUAAACGCCAAAUUACUGCUUGCGGCGGGACCAAAACCUUAGAGUCAUCUUUGUGAACCUGCAGUAAUGUUGGAGAAAUACAUGCUGUGCUUUCAUAAGGUUCAGGGCGUGCUGCCUCUCAGGAAAUUUUGUCUUCUGUUGGUGUAAAAGACAGAUUUUAUGGUGCUGUACAGAACAAUUAGCAAUAUGACUAUGAACACUGGCUGGCAACUCUGAUGCGGACGGAGGAAACAAAAGACUGCGGGAACAUUAUCCCAACUCUGAACACAAUCAAAACAAAAUGGUUAUAAUAUAAUAUUUUGCCGUGAAUUUCUUGCUUCAUUGCAGACUUUCGGUGCACGACACACAGCGACAGGAAUGAGUGAGUGCGUGUGUGUGUAUGUGCGGGGCGCCGUCCGGGUCAGAGUGCCAAGUCUGUGUCACGUUCAUCAAAGCUACGUGACGUGAUACUCGUGUGGGGCCGCGGCGGGCUGACCAGAGCCCCGCCUCGAGGCCUGGCCAGCCCAGGCCAGGGCCCCGCGCCCCUCCCAGCACUGAGGGACACUUUAUUUGCUCCCGGAAGUGAUUUUUUUCCUUUGUUUCUGUCCAUAUGUUUACGUAAGGCAACGAGACCUGCAUGUACGGAGAACCUCUCUUUGUUGUGCAUGAUUUUAUGUUAAAACUUGAAGGAAAAAUGGUUACAGGAAACGAAGAGCCAGUGACUUCCGGUCCUUCUGUGCAUCUGUAAUGACUGUGUGUGUGUGUGUGUGUGUGUGUGUGUGUGUGUGUGUGUGUGUAAGAGAGAGAG